UUUUCGUCUUAAUGGAAAAACCAGUGUUUCCUAGUGGGAACUGUAGGAGCAUCAAUUCGGAUUCUGGUUGUGGAUUGUUUUCACUUUGUAUCCAUACAAAUUAAUGUCGUUUUCUUGUUUGUUGACACUCAGAUUCUCUCGCUGCUCUUUCGUUAAGUGGGUCGUGUCGAAGUUAAAUUUUUCUUCCGCUUUCGUUCUGUUUCCCCUGUUUUUGUCUUGCUUCAACUCUGCUUUUCUUAUUGGGUCUGUGUCACCAAACGUACCUGAGAGAGCAUAAAGAGUGUUAUUAUUGAUGGAUACGAAGUCUUCCAAGGAUACUAAUGGUUGUGUUAACAAGCCUAUGGCUCUUACUGUGACGUUGACUGUGGCUUCUUUAGAGGGUAGAAAGGUUGAAGAUCAUAGCAAUAGAGAAGAUGAUAAUGAUUCCAAUUCUUUGUUGCCAGCGCCAAGAGGAGGAAUGUCACGGAAAUUGGAUAAGACUUACAGGAAAAGGAAAGUGCAGUGGAACGAUAGGAUAGGAAAUAAGCUUGUUGAGGUUUUGGAAUACGUACCAAGUGAUGUUAGUGACUCAGACUCAGAGGAUGAGGGUGGGGAUUCUUGUGUCUGUUCAAUAAUGUAGAGAUAAUCUUGAUAAGCCAUGUCAAACUUUCUGCUGGACUAACCAUGGAGCAUCAUUUGGGCCUGCGCAACCUUACUUUGAGUAGAUAUGAUGAUUUGGGACUAACUCUCCAGUAACCCCGGAUAAGCAGCUUGUGUUCCAAUUUAUGUAUCCAGUUUAUCUUACUGGAUUUUUUGACAUGAUUUUUGAGUGGCCUUAUGCGAGUUCUCUAGCAGAUCAAAGUACACACUGCCUUCCAACAAAAUUAUUUGGAAAGCGCUGAUAGUAGCACAGCUUCCUUGUAGGUUAAUAAGCAUUUUCAUGCCAAGUCACGGCACUGUUUCUCUGAAAAUUAUGCACUCAAUGGCUAUGGUAAUGUUUCGAAUUAAAGGGAUACAUCAGUCUUUUUUUCCUUUCAUAUAUUCUCAAAUACUUAUGUGGAGCAAAUUUUCAUGAUUCUCAGAAUUUGUUCCCCAA